GCAUGGAUGCUCUCUCUCCUGCUGCAUGUGGCCUUUGAACCCAUUGUUGUGUCGCGGGUGACGUCAGUGCCGUGUGCGGGAGACGGAGCGGCGUGCGCCUGGCGAGACAAAGGCGGCGGACCGACCGGGGUCAGGCAGCAGCAGCGGCAGCAGCAGCGGCGGCAGCAACACAGAGCCAGAAUCGCUGUUGUUUUUUUACUCUAAUAUAAACUGCUAACCCUGUUUUUUCAGCUGCGUUCUCCCUGACGGUGUUACAACGAGGGGGCAGAGACUCCCCCAAGAACUGAACACGGACUCUCCGCACAGACGGAAAACAACAGUGGCACCUCUUCGCGUUGUUGAACGUUUUUUCUCCUACGCCCCCUAUUUAGCUUGCUAGUUAGCUAUCCCCACUAGCUUCUAGCAGGGCUGCUGGUCUCCUCCUCCCUCUCCUUCUCUUCUGGCUGCUUCUCAUCUUCCCCUCCGGAGCUGUGGACACAGCGUAGGACAGGAACUCAUCCAACCGAGGCAAGACAAAAAGAAGAGGGUGAGCUCACUCCCACAAGACAGGCACCCGUGAUCUGAUGUGAGAUCCACGGAGAGACUAUGCCUAGCCCUUUAUUCCACCCCGAGAUCAUGGACCACGACGCGGUGAUCAGUAGCCAGCACAAUGGGGUCGGUCUUCCCCGAGAAACGGACCAGGAGUCCCGGGAAGAGGACCAUCAAGAGGCGCUCCGCUUCGCCCUGGACCAGCUGUCACUCAUGGCGCUGGAGAAAGUGGACUGUGGGGGCGGCGGCAGCGGGCUGAGCGACUCUCUGGACGGGACCCAGGGUCCCGGCUCUGAGGGCUGCAACGGCGUGGGUGGAGGAGGCUACGUGGACCUGCAGAUGCUGGAACAUCCCGGUGGCUCACGGGACUCGCCGUCGUCCUGCUCUCCAUCCCCGGAGUACUACGGCUCGGGCGGGUACCACAUGGCCGCCUCGCACUCCAUGCUCCACGGGGACCAAAGCUCCGUCCUGUGCAGCAGGAAAAGAAGUGUCAACAUGACUGAAUGUGUGCCUGUGCCCAGCUCCGAGCAUGUGGCAGAAAUAGUUGGAAGACAAGGUUGCAAGAUCAAGGCCUUGCGUGCCAAAACAAACACCUACAUAAAAACUCCAGUGAGGGGCGAGGAGCCCGUUUUUAUCGUGACAGGACGCAAGGAGGAUGUGGAGAUGGCCAAACGUGAAAUUGUCUCUGCAGCUGAGCAUUUCUCUAUGAUCCGGGCUUCGCGCUGCAAAGCUGGAGGAACUGCUGCUGCUGGUGGUGGUGGUGGAGGAGGGGGAGGAGGAGGAGGUGGUGGAGGAGGAGGAGGAGGUGGAGGAGGAUCUCUCCCUGGACCACCACACCUACCAGGACAGACCACAAUACAGGUGAGGGUGCCCUACAGAGUUGUGGGUUUAGUUGUUGGACCAAAGGGGGCAACUAUCAAGCGCAUCCAGCAGCAGACUCACACCUACAUUGUGACACCCAGUCGAGAGAAAGACCCAGUGUUCGAGGUGACCGGGAUGCCUGAAAAUGUGGACCGAGCGAGAGAGGAGAUCGAGACUCACAUCACCCUGAGAACUGGAACCUUUGUAGACCUGCAGGGAGACAAUGACUUUCACACCAAUGGCACUGAUGUCAGUCUGGAAGGCCUGGGCUCUCUGAGUGGGGCGCUUGGGGCUUCUCUGUGGUCAAGGGCUGCCAACCACCAUUCUGCCCCCCCUCCUCCACCACAUUCCCCACCUCCUUCUCUACCCAUGUCCAUGCACCACUCCUCCAGCCGGAAGAUGUCCUCCUCAGUCGCCUAUCACGCGCACAAUGGCGGGAUGAGCUCAGACAACUUCACCACCACCGCCAACCGAAAAGCCACCGAGGGAGGCAGUCCCACCAGCCCCUUUAGCACAGGCUCCAGCAGCGCUGGGGGAGGAUUCACUUUCGGGGGCGACUCCACCCCAGGACUGCCCUCCUCAGAUGAACUGGGCUUUGAGUUCAGUGCUUCCAACAUCUGGGCACCUUUUGUUAACGGUGGAACAGGCAAUAAAACGGCCGGGUCUUCCCAGCAACAGCCUCUACGUCGUAACAGCAGCGGCCUCAGCGGCGGCGCCAUCACUCCACGAUUGUCUCCAACUCUGCCUCAGGACACAUGUGUAGGCCCCCUGGAUCACCCACUAGCCCGUCGUGCACAAAGUGACCCCCUCAGCACUCUCUCUUGGCUACAGUCUGGCAACGCAGGAGGCGGCUCCUUCUCUGGAGCGUCCAGCUCCAGUUCUGGUGGCUCGUCAACCGGUUACUCCUCCUGCUCGGCGUCCUCCCUGCCCGGUGGCUCCCCCACUGACUCAGAGGGUGGCAGCAGUGGCGUGGGUCUCAGCUCUGGGAUCCUGAGCCGUCUGAAAGGCGGCUCCAGCUCAGCAGUGGCGGGUCUGGUCAGCAUUGGCCCUGGGGUCAACAGGGACUGCUUUGUGUGUUUUGAGAGCGAGGUAACAGCAGCCCUUGUGCCUUGUGGCCACAACCUGUUCUGCAUGGAGUGUGCCGGACAGAUCUGCCAGUCAGCUGAGCCAGAGUGCCCCGUCUGCCACACCCCCACCACACAGUGCAUCCGCAUCUUCUCCUAAUGUCCCAGUCAGAGGGUGGGUGUGAGGGUUGUCAUAUUGUCAUACGAGU